UCCAUCGUACAACACAUCCUUUCUAACAUGCCUCUGAGCUGGAGGCUGCUCCUUGUUACAUUGUCCUUCGUCUACUUGUGCCAAUCGACAGGGGAUGUUUUUAGCAAUUCGUUUCUUGUUAAAUUCCGAAAAGAUGUACAGCCCGAUGAAGCCCACAGGAUCGCCAAAAAAACCGGAUUUGUCAACAUGGGACCAGUUUUGGGUUCGCGUAGGGAAUAUCACUUCAUCAACCACNUGUUCCAACAUCCUCUGUAUUCUUCUCUCUUCCAUAGUAUUAGCAGAUAUAAUUCAAAUAUUUGCGUAGAGAAAAACGUUCGCACUGCAAUACAGCAACCAGGUUUUAUAAGGGUGAAAAGGGGUUAUAAGCCUCUUAAAGUCGAAAACUUAGUCCACAACAUUGCACCUCACGAUGAUCCUACAGAUCCCUUCUUUGGACUACAGUGGUAUCUUAAAAAUACUGGUCAAAAUGGGGGUAAACCAAAAUUAGACUUAAAUGUUGAAGCAGCUUGGGCACAAGGGGUCACUGGAAAAAAUGUCACCACAGCCAUUAUGGACGAUGGGGUCGACUAUAUGCAUCCCGAUUUGAGAUUUAAUUACAACGCCAGAGCUAGCUACGAUUUUAGUAGCAACGAUCCAUACCCUUAUCCAAGAUAUACGGAUGAUUGGUUUAACAGCCACGGUACAAGGUGUGCAGGCGAGGUGGCAGCAGCUAGAGACAAUGGAAUAUGUGGGGUGGGGGUGGCGUACGAUUCAAAAAUUGCAGGAAUAAGAAUGUUGGAUCAGCCCUACAUGACAGAUUUAAUAGAAGCCAAUUCAAUGGGUCAUGAACCGAAUAUGAUAGACAUUUAUAGCGCUUCAUGGGGCCCUACGGAUGAUGGUAAAACAGUGGAUGGGCCGAGAAAUGCAACCAUGAGAGCCAUAGUACGAGGAGUAAACGAAGGACGAAAUGGGUUGGGAAACAUUUACGUCUGGGCAAGUGGAGAUGGGGGUGAAGACGACGAUUGCAACUGUGACGGGUACGCCGCAAGUAUGUGGACAAUAAGCAUUAAUAGCGCGAUAAAUGACGGUCAAAAUGCUCAUUAUGACGAAAGUUGCUCUUCAACGUUGGCAUCAACUUUUAGCAAUGGGGCCAAAGACCCGAAAACUGGAGUUGCAACAACUGACUUGUACGGGAAAUGCACUACCACCCAUUCCGGAACAUCAGCAGCUGCCCCGGAAGCUGCAGGGGUCUUCGCAUUAGCAUUGGAAGCCAAUCCAAAGCUCACGUGGAGGGACAUGCAGCAUCUGACCGUUUUAACAUCAAAGAGAAAUUCUCUUUUCGAUGCAAAGGGCCGUUUUCACUGGACCAUGAAUGGGGUCGGAUUAGAAUUCAAUCAUUUAUUUGGUUUCGGUGUUUUGGACGCAGGAGCUAUUGUGGCACUGGCCAAGCAAUGGAAAUCUGUACCACCAAGAUUUCACUGCGAGGCAGGAGUGAUUAAGGAGGAAAGGCCGAUUCCUUCAUCAAAGUCCCUUAUUUUAAAUAUCGAAACUGAUGCUUGCAAGAGAACGAACACGGAAGUUAGAUAUUUAGAACAUGUACAAGCCGUUGUGUCAGUAAACAGUAGCAGAAGGGGUGACUUGGAACUUUAUUUAACAUCUCCUAUGGGAACCCGAUCUAUGAUUUUGAGUAGAAGGCCUAAUGAUGACGAUUCAAGGGAUGGUUUUACAAAAUGGCCUUUUAUGACUACUCACACAUGGGCCGAAUAUCCGCAAGGGACUUGGCAAUUAGAGGUACGAUUUAAUUCAGAAAUACCACAAAGCGGUUACUUCAAAGAAUGGAUGCUAAUGUUACAUGGUACCCGGGAACCCCCUUACACGGAUCUUUCAGUAUUGGACCCCCAUUCGAAACUAGCAAUUGUCAAAAAAGCCCAUGAAGAACAAAUGAAAGUGUAAGAAGAAUUAAAAAUUUUGAUUUCACCGAAAACUAAAAAUUAUUUGCAUAACUACUUAUUUCGAUUUUAUUAUCAUGAUUCAAACAGAAAUCCGUAUAUAUGACAAUUAAAAAACAUCACAUACGUGAAUAUAAGUUCUAAAAACCAUUUAUUUAUUAUGUAGAUUGUAGGAUAAUGUUACUUAAUUCAAUAUACAGUUAUAUUCGAAAAAAAUGUGCUAGUCGACACCCACAUCAAUACGGAUGGCAGUAGAUAAAUAAUUUUAAUAGUGAUUCGUUUCCAGAAAGUGUAUUAUAGGUGAAAUGUUACAAAUCACAUUUAUUAUAAAACUGUACCUUCUUAAAGAAUGUUUUAUUAACGUUAAAGUUUAUUAAAUUGAAAUUUUACAAUUUGCAUUAGGGCCACUAUAAAAUCAACACCAAUAUUAAACAUUAACUAUUUACCACAAAUAUACAUACAUACAUAUAAUGAUAAUAAAAUUAAACAUUUAUUAAUUCAUUAUAACGUAAUUAGGUAUACAC